UAAGUAACGUCCACUACGUCACCCCGCCGCGCCAACUCUCGCCUGACUGUUGAGAUGUUAGUUCAGGUAACAGCAAAAGUCUGUUUGCUUGUCUCUGCGCUAAAUUGACUAAAUGACCGGUUAACAGAAACACUGAAACACCACCUAAUAAACGCUCUGUUCCGUAGUGACCCAAAGGAAUCAAAGAGGAGAAUACUGUAGUUUACAGAUAUGGGGGCCCUGAUAUCCCGGUGGAAGGCAAAGCCAACCACAGUUGAGCAGCUGGAGAACCUUGACAAGGAGAUUAAAGAGCUGGAGGAGUUUAGAGCCAAGAACCAACGUCUGCAAAAGCUGUGGGUCGGCCGGUUGCUUCUCUACUCGUCAGUCCUAUACCUGUUGACCUCUCUGAUCGUGUGCUGUCUCUACCUACCUGAACAAUGGUUGCAGAGAAUAGCCAUGGCUCUGCCUUUCUUCAUAUACCCUGUGCUGGUGUGGUUCAUCAGGAAGUUGUUGGUCUUCCUCUUUUCCAAACGCACUGAGAGAAAUAAUGAUAAACUAGAAGAUUUAAAGGCUGCCAAAAAAAAGAUUCUGGAGGAAGUGAUGGAAACAGAGACAUACAAAAACGCCAAACUCAUCCUGGAACGCUUUGAUCCCGAAGCUAAGAAGAAAGCUGAGCUGGAGUCGACUCCGGUGCGUCCCCAGAUGACUCCCAGGCCAGGACAAGAGAUUCGACAUAGAGGGGUGCCAAUGAGACCCAUGCCAAUGGGCACCCCGGCUGCAAUGGCAAUGACUCCCGUGGGAGCGCAGCCCCCAUUGGGACCAGGGGGCACACCUGUGGAACCUGUCCCUCUCUCAGCUCCAGGAGGACCACCGGAGAGAUCUGCUCUGUCUGCCUCUGUCCUCCAGGGGGCACUACCCAGGACCCCCUGCUCCCCUAUACCUGGUGUAGGCAUGCACCCACCAGGCCCUCCAUUAGCAAGACCCAUUCUGCCCAAAGACAGGGGAGCUGUGGACCGAGUCAUUGAGUACCUGGUAGGGGAUGGACCACAGAACAGAUACGCUUUGAUUUGCCAACAGUGUUUUUCUCAUAACGGCAUGGCUCUGAAAGAAGAGUUUGAAUAUCUAGCGUUCCGUUGUGCCUAUUGCUACUUCCUGAAUCCGGCCAGGAAGACACGCCCUCAGGCUCCCAGGCUUCCAGAGUUCAGCUACGAGAGGAGGCUGCGAGCAGAAUCACGUUCCCCUGGACCAACACCGCGUUCUGGGACAGACGCAGAGGAGAGCCCACCCCCUUCUGGAGCUAAGGCUCCGGCUCCGUGGAAUUUGGUCCACAGUUUCCAGAUCCAGCAGAGUCCAAAGAACCCUCAGAACCGACCUCUGCAGAGUCCAGAUGAGAAAGAGCUGGGGGAAGACGAAGUACCCACUAAAGAAGUAGAGAGUGAGAGCCAAUCAGAGGAGCAGUCGCAGUCGCAGCCGCAGCAGCAGCAGCAGCAGCAGCAGCAGGAGGAGGAGGAGGAAGAAGAAGAAGAAGUGGUUCAGGAGGAGGAAGAGGUGGCAUCAGAGCAGAGUCACAGCGCCGCCUGUGAGACAGAAUCUCAGCCAUCGUAGUUGCAGGAAGUCCAGAAGAGGACCAGGGACGUCUGAUCAUUCUAUCCAAACAAAAGGUGUCGGUAUUGGCCAUGAUAGACAGGUGGCAUUUUAAAGCAAUAUAGGUGGACAGCGAUUGUCACCACAAUAGUUUAAUGAUAUCUUUCUUCCUUGCAACCAAAAACUUCUCAUCUCACUUUUUUUGGGUCUAAAUUCAACUGUUCAUUUUUUUCACCGUCAAAAGACCAUCAAAGCACAGAGAGGAGAUUAUGUGCUUGGUAAAUGGUGUGUAUUCUUACUGAAAAACAUAAUUCAGUAUGAGGAUCUAAAUUAUUAUGUUCAUCAUAUUUAAUAGUAAAAUUGUCCAGCGAUGUUGCCAAAAAUUAUGCCAACGUAUCAUGGCCGUAACAGUUUGAUUGGUUGACAUGGAAGGUGUCAGAGUGAUGAUUGUAGUUUUAAUCUUAAGGCUGGUUCUUCAUAGUUGGCUGCUGAUAAUGCUCUGUAUGUGGUAACUGGCAUAGGUAUUUUUUCAGUAUUCUAUGAUUUACACUAUAAGGUUCUUUUGCGUUUGAAGUAGUUGGCUGCUGUAUGAUUUGUUGAUGAAUAGGGUUAUGAUUUUAGAUAGAAAUGCUGGUUCACAAAUGGUUUGUCCACAGAUGCAGCAUAAACAAAAACUUGCUUAAAUCUAAACUCCUUCACUGACCCUGACCCCACUCAGUGUGGUGUCUAUAUUUUGCUAGUUAUUUAUUGUUUUGUUGGGUUGUGUACAAAAAUUUCUCACUAAGGUCUGUGAGAAAAGAUUUAACAAGUGCAUCUUAAAACAAACCUUUUGCGAAUCGGGACUUCAUCAAUUGUGUUUACAGUGUAUACAUACAAGUGUGCCAUUAAGUUUCAGGGUACUGCUAUGUCUUUCUUCAUCUCCUGUUUUUAAUCCCCCAUACAAGUUCUUAGCAUAAUGAUACAUUUUAUUUGGAUAAAUUUGUUAUACUCACAUUUUACCUAACAUGUACACAAUUAAUCCUGCUAAAGUUUUUAAGUUUGUUUUUUUAAAGAUGUUUUAGGAGUUAAGUGUUAGGUGCACUCCAAGGAGCAAAGGUUCUGAAGUUGUAGGCCAAAAUAGAAGAAUAGACCAGGGUGUAUACCAAUACUGACAAUACAGUAAAUGGAUGACACUAACCAGAGAAAGCAGCUGCUGCAGGUCUAUACAAUGACUGUUGACCAUUCAUGCAUUUGCUUCCUUUUUUUGGUGAGAAAGUUUAAUGUAGUCUAACUUCCUGUAGGCCAACUUCUGUCAGCAGCAAAUUAUUUUUACUAAUGUCAAAUGUCUCACGUAUGACCCAAUAACUCAACUCAGAUCAGCCAUCAGUGACGCAGCAGAAAAUGUGUGUUUUGAGCAGAUGUUUGUUUGUAGGCUAUUUCAAAUGUGUGGUAUAACCUUGCUGCUUUGUCUGUGCUCUAUCUUGAUAGAAACAACAUGUGGACUCAUUAGGUCUGGAAAAGUCAUACUUUACAGAAAUAAUUUGACUUAUCGUUUUUCCGAACCAAGCUUUUUUUGCAGUAAGUGAACCUCUACAAUUGAACUGAGUAUUUUUUUGUUUUUUAAUAAAGAUCUUUCUUUGAAAUAACAGACUGGAGCUAAAACUGCCAUUGUAUCUCUAUCUGGUUGUAUCCAAUCAUAGUUCUCAGUAGGAUUAUCAUUUGCCAAAUGCACUCUUGUUUUAUCUGUAUUUCCUGACUCCAUUUGCACUGAGUUUUUCUUUGUAUUUAUUUGACCAUAUUGUGUUUUAAUGUGUUGUUCAGGUAUUACUGCACCUUUUUGGGUUUUAAACAUUUAGAGGCAUAAUCUGUAAAUGCCACGGUAGUGUCCCAACUAUUUAAACGUAUAGGCCUGGUUUGAGUUCUGUCGCUUUUCAGGUUGCUGCAGAUUAGCCUUUGUUAAUCAAAUGUUUUAAAGUGUUUUCUUCUUUGUGCUUACAUUGAUUUUAAGAGUUUUAAAUAUGUGCACUCACUGUAGGUGCAAUCAUAAUGUGUGCUUUGGUUGCUACUGUUAUUUUCAUUAUUUUAUAGUGUAAUAUACCCUAUUUCUACUACCUACUGUAACAACAUCAAAAUUAAGGAGGUUCAUGGUUAAUUUGCCAAGCACUAGCACCUAGUGUUUUUGACAACAAUUUACUCUGUUAUUAAAUGGAACCAGAAGAAAUAGUGAGUGUCUAUGCAAAUGUAAAUAUGUUGUAUCACCUGUGUUGUACAGGUCUGGCCCUAGAAACACACCCAGGCUAAGUGGGCAAAAUAUUCUUGAGGGGUACACAUGAAGUUCUAUUUGUGUAUAUUUGAAUGUGUUUAGUUUCAGUUUUUUGCACUAAUUCUGUGUGUGUUUCUAAUUAGUCGUUGACAUCAAAACCUUGCAACAACGCAGAAUCAUUUGGCAAAAGUUGGCCGUAAAGGUUUGGGCUAGCCUUCUGAAUCUGUACAUGGCAGCAGAAGUGCUUUUGGGCAAACCUUUGUUGAAUGUUGAGGUGAGACCAUGUAAAAAAAUUUAAAGUUGCUUCACUUCAUGCCUUGACCACAGUUUGACAAUUUGAUUUUGUCCUGUUAUUUCCCACCACCAGGCAGCUGGUGCAAAAUGUAGCAUCACGGUACCCAUACCCUUACUGACUUGUGUUUGGCUGAAUGGUACCAAGUCUUUUUAUCCCCCAUAAUACCUGCUGGUGAUGAAAAUGUGGUAAAAAUUCAAAAUAUGAAGCUGUCACUUUAAUAUUUAAAAACUUGUAAGAUCCUCAACAAGUUAUCUCACACACUGACACAUGUAAUAACUGUUUACUUACUAUUUGUAGUUUUGUUUUUCUCUGCUGGACUUAUCAGUUACAUUUCCGCCAAUGCUGGUUGUCAUUAAGUGUGCGCAUGGCACGCCUAAUAAAGUUUGUCAACAACAAAAGGAA